GUUUAUUAUAUCCGGUGACAAGCAAAACCGAAAGUUGUGCGGAUAAAGAAUAUUAGCAUAUUGAUCAAAUCGAUUUCUUAAAAUGGAAGUAGCUGGCAAAAGGUUGGACACUGACACACAGUCUGCUGAAGGAGAGUCUAGUUUAUGUGUAUCAUGUGAAGUUGAAAAUGUGGAAACGCCAGCAUGUGGAGCAUGCCGGGAAUGCAACGAGGAAAUGUGUACCACAUGCUUUCAACAUCACCUUAAAGGCAAACUAUGUAGAAAUCACGUGUUUCUUUCGCUUGACGAGUUUUCGUCACUUUCAUUAUGUAGUGGACUAGAAGAUGUUACCAGAUGUGAAAAGCACGACAAUGAACUCAUCAAAUUUUAUUGCCGAUCACAUGAUAUCGUUGGGUGUGGAGAUUGUAUAGUACUAGGACAUGCAUCAUGUAAACCAGAAUAUAUCAAUGAUUUGGCGAAAUCCUUCAAAGAUGGAGACACAUACAAAAGCAUUGCGAAAAGACUUGAAGAUCUUGAAAAGCAGAAAACAGAUUGUGAACACGAAAUUGAUAAGGGUAAAUACGAAUGCGAAAACAUGAAUGACAAGGCAUUGAAAGGACUCCGUGAAUUCAGAACUGAGAUAAAUAAAUGUUUGGAUGAAGCAGAGGCUAAGCUGUUAUCAGAAAUGAAGAAACUGAGAAAGGAAAACACAGAAACGAAGGCAAAGAUUGAGGCAGUAUUACAGUCGUUUACGUCAGAACUUAAGAAAGUGAAACAGAUGCUUGACACACAGCUGUUUCGUGAUAAUGCAUUAUUCAUCAAUGCAGUUAAUUGCAAGUCUAAACUAGCUGAUAUAAAAAAUAUGUACGAACCAUCAACAAAAGACAUGGCGUUGAAAGGGUUUAAAUUUGUUCGUAAUGAUCAAAUGUCGGCGCUUCUGAAAUCCGAACAGCCUGUAGGAAGACUGCAGUUUUGUCAGAUUGAAUGUAGAACAAAAGAAACAAGAAAACAGAAGUUUUGUGUUGGUACUCGUGUUCGUCGUCCUGGGAAAUCAUUUUUUGAUCAAUAUCCAGGAACUGUAACAAUAGUUUCAGACAGAACUUUUACUGUAAAAUGGGAUCUCUUUGCCGAAGAGACAACAUACAACUUCGCCGAUGACAAUACUGAUAAAUUAAAAGUUAUUUAA